AUGCACUUUGAUAAAUCGCCAAAAGAGAAGCAGUGUUGCAGUCUGCCCACAGUGAAGAAACUCUUGGAGCAGAAGAGAAGGCGUGAGACAACGUCUGUCCCACCCUCCUGCUCUACGGCCAGCACAAGUCCUGCUCCUCCAACUACUGUUACACAGUUACCUUCAGCAGAACAGUUUACCUGUACAGGUGCAUCAAGCAGCUACUCAGACAUGGCAGUGAGCUAUGAGCAGUGGACCCCUGCAGCAGAGUCUGCAGUCGGUUACUACCACAGCCAUCCAGAAACCAGCUACGCUGCAGCCUACAGCCACCCAAUGACAUCUGAAUACGGCACACAGCAGCAGGUCCCGGGAUAUGGAGACACAAUGACUCAAACUUACGAGUGCCCGAUGAGUGGAGUCACAGAUCCCGGCAUGUCUUCGUCUUGGUCCCUUCUGGGCUCCAGUCAGACCGCACAGCUGAGCUUUGGUUCGUCAAUGGACGCCACCAAGCUGGAACAGGCCAGGAUGCUGCUCAACGGGAUGGAUUACAGCAGAGCUACUGGGCAGGAUGAAGACGGAGACACCAUCCUGCACAUCUACACUGCCAAGGGGCUCAGGGAGUGUGCCUUUGCUGCUGCAGAGAGGCUCAGGGAUGUAGGCGGGCUUGAUGCCAAGGAGCACAAGGGAAAGACUGCUUUACUGGUGGCGGUGACGGCAAACCAGCCAGAGAUUGUGCAAGAUCUGCUGUCCUUUGGAACGGACAUCAAUGCCUGUGAUGAUAAAGGACAAACUGCCCUUCAUCUGGCUGCCCACUAUGGUUUACCUGGGGUUCUUCAGGCAAUUCUGUCCAGCAGGCCGGCUGUCAACCUGGAGGCCCGCAAUUUUGAGGGUAUGACUCCUCUGCACUGCGCAGCCAUUUCUCACAGUGUCACCAUGAAGGCGUUGUCCAACAGUGGGCUGGCAGAUGUUGGUCUUCAGACCAAGGCUGUGGAGAAGCUCUCCUGUGUACAGAUGCUUCUCACUGCUGGGGCGUUCCUACUCAGCCAGGAAAUCAAAAGUAACAAGACGGUGCUGCACUUGGCAGUAAAGGAAGGGAACAUCGAUCUGGUGACUUAUCUGCUGAGGAUUCCCCUGUCGAACAUGAAAGACUUUGUCAACUUGAAAGCGCAUGGUCACACGGCUUUACACAUGGCAGCAGGUCUCCAUGGUAACCCCCACCAGGAGGAGAUCCUGCAGCUGCUUCUGCGCAGAGGAGCCGAUCCCAGUAUCCGCAACCUGGAGAACGACCAGCCGGCUCACCUGCUGCAGAGCGGCCCCCAGGGAGAGCAGCUCAAGCUCAUGCUGAAGAAACGAAGUGCUUCCUCUCGUCGACGUAUCGUGUCCUUGCAGAACCAGGAAUGACAUGGAAAUCCCCACUUGUAAUCCCCAUUUGGAGGGAAUGAGUUGUUAAGAUGUUGCCUCUGUUAAGAAGGGGAUUUACAGUUUAUUAUUAUGUUGCUUUGGGAAUCUCUGGCCUAUAUAUUGUUAACAAACUAGUUUGUCAUAUUAAUCUCUGGAUAUAAUUCAUGAGUCUUAAAUUACCUGCGAUUUGGUGUCUGUAAAAAAGGCUCUAUUUAUUUUUCUACGCGUAGGCCGAAUUAUUCAUGUGUCGGCAAAGAAUUUCAUUCCAAAAUGUUUAAACUGUUCCGACUAUAACAGACAUUUUAAUUUAUGUAUUUAUUUUUAUCAAAAUGGAUAUUUAACUUUUGGAAAUGAAAGCUUUUAUUAAACGAACAGAAUUGAAGAGCAUCUACUAACAGCAGAGGUUAUAGACGUCGCUGUGGAAGGUGGAGUGGUAUUCGUUUCUCUGACAGGCUACACUCCCAGUUUAACGUUGAUUUCUAUGAAAUCGUUUGUAUGACCUCCAGGACAAUGUCCCUGAAACCCCUCUGACACUCUUGUCAAAACCCCCCCCAUCAU